ACGAUAAACGGUGUAUCGGUCGGUGGAUGGUAUGUGCGAGGAAGGAUCGUUAAAGCGAAACGCUUGUAUGCGCGUAUAAGGGUGACCCGUUACACGCAUACACGUCCGCAUUGAAAACGUACAUUGCGACUAAAUUGGAAAUUCAAGGAAAAAAGAAACGAAAGCAAGAGGAUUAAAAUGAGACGAAUUCAGUUGCAAAGUAAUUCGCGACGCAAACGAUGGCCUCUCCGCUUCGGGCUGUUCCUCGCGUAUGUGUUAAUCCAGUACGUGACUUGUGCAAAAAUACCCGUUGAAGAGGUAACGUCUCCUUAUCCCAGUUCGACGGAUCGCGAGGAAAACUGGACCUUAGAAUCGUAUACGUUGGAAUCGUACACGACCGAUUCAGAUAUAAAUACCGCGGAAGGAACAGAAGGAAAGGAGAAGACGUUGUUAUGCGCGGAAAGCGUAUCGAAAGAAGAAGAGCCUGAAAAGGUGGAAGCGAAGAACGGGGGAGAGGAAAAGGACAAAGGUAAAGAAGAACGGCAAGAGCAACAGCAAGAAACAAAAGGGAAAGAAGCGAAAUCGAAAGAGAUACUUGGAGAAUGGAAGGAAGAGUCGGCGGAGAAAACGGCUGCCCCAAAGAACGAAGUGGCGACACCUCCGACGAAGAAUCUUCCGAGAACUACAACGGUUGCAACAACGACUACGAUGAAAUAUGAACGCGCAACGUGGAGACCGCGAAGAGAAAACUGUUCACCGCCAGCGAUCGAACAAUUUCCGCGACCGUUAAUGGGUCCAAAAGCCAGGAAACACGGUGGACUGAUCAUUCACAUUUUAGUCGCAAUUUAUACCUUUUUGGGCCUUGCCAUUGUUUGCGACGAUUAUUUCGUCUCGAGUUUGGACCGAAUUUGCGAAGAAUUACGAUUGUCUCCGGACGUUGCGGGAGCAACUUUUAUGGCUGCUGGUUCUUCGGCGCCGGAAUUGGCAACGGUGGUGAUCGGUGUCUUUUUUGCCAAGGACGAUAUCGGAGUAAGCGGUGUAAUCGGAAGCGCGGUAUUCAAUAUAAUGUUCGUGAUAUCGGUUUGCGGACUUUGCACGACAACGGUGUCAAAGCUGAAUUGGUGGCCCCUUUGCAGAGAUUGUUUCUUCUACGCGGUAUCGAUUCUGGUGAUGCUCGGUACGAUUUUCAACGAAUCAAUAUCUUGGAUGGAGUCUCUGUUCAUGUUGAUUAUGUACGUGGUGUAUUGCGUUGCGUUAUCUUUUAACGCUAGACUGGAACGUUGGGCGAAAUCUUACAAUAUACCUUUCCUACCAAAGGACGACGAACCCGCGGAAGAAAGCGCUUUGGUUAGUUAUAGAUCGUUGCAAGAGGAUCGAUUGUCUUAUACAGGGCCGAGUUCGCCAGUUACGGAUCAAUACAGAACGCACGAAGGUAAAGGAGCUGGAGCAGGAGGAGGAGCAUCUGUUGGGGAAACGAACGAGCCAGUAGCACCGAAACAACCAGAGUAUUACAAAGCGAAAGAACCGGAUCCGAACGAGGUAUCACCGUUGGAAAAGCCUACCGACGGAAGCAAAUGGACUCUGUUUACCUGGGGCCUCGUCUAUCCCAUUCAUUUCAUGUGCCGAGCCACAAUGCCGGAUUGUCGACAAGAAAAAUUUCGAAAUUGGUAUCCCUUUACCUUUUGCGUAUCGAUGGUUUGGAUCAGUUUCUAUAGUUACAUCAUGGUGUGGAUGAUCACGAUCAUAGGUAGCACACUUGGUAUACCCGAUACGGUGAUGGGUUUAACGUUUGUCGCUGCUGGUGUCAGCGUACCGGACGCGCUUUCGUCGUUAGCGGUGAUAAAGGAAGGCCUUGGUGACAUGGCGGUGAGCAACGCAGUCGGUAGUAACGUCUUCGAUAUAUUAGUUUGCCUCGGGCUUCCAUGGUUUAUACAGACUGCAAUGAUACAGCCUGGUUCGCACGUGAACGUCACCAGUCGAGGCCUGACGUACUCGACGGUGUCAUUGCUAUCCACGGUGAUAUUCUUGGUACUAGCGACCCAUUUGAACGGCUGGAAGCUAGAUCGACGGUACGGAGUGAUACUGAUGCUUUGGUACUUGGUGUUUAUCACAUUUGCUUCGCUUUACGAGCUAAACGUUUUCGGUGAAAUGAAUCCACCGGUAUGCUUCAGCUCGUUUUGAACGAACCCGUUUCGAUUAUACAGACGCAUAGGUGAGAAAAACGAAACAAUGUGUAAAACGGAUGGAUGAGUGAUGAAG